AUGGAGCGCAUCAGGCCAAGUGCUGUGGUUAGCCCAGAAGUCAUCGCACUGAGUCCAAUUGAUCAGAUCAUGCCACGCCUGUACACCCGAUUCGUGCUCUGCUUUUCACUUGCCCCUGAUGCAGACCACAAGAAGGUUGCUUCAGACCUCAAAGCAGGUCUCGCUGCUACGCUGACGGAAAUUCCUUUCCUUGCUGGGGAUAUUGUUGCAGAGGAAGGAGGUAGAGAGAAAGUCCAGCUUGAAAUCGGGGAGGACGCUGGUGUCGAUUUCACUGUCCGAGACUACACGCUUCCUGAGACUCGGGGACUGUGGACGACUGGAUCAUACAAAGAAUUGGAAGCAGCUCAUUUUCCAAUCACCAGUCUUACCGACUCGCUGCUUUCACCUACUGGAAUGAUUCCUAUGGCGCCCAGAAACCCAGUGAUCGCGGUACAGGCCAACUUUAUCGAUGGCGGAUUGUUACUGGUCUUCAGCAAACACCACUCGGGGACUGAUGGCACCGGGAACAUGGUCAUGCUCAAAUCCUGGGCAAGAAAUACGGCCCUGGCGGCUGCUGGACAGAAAGUUACACCUACUGCUCUGCCAAAAGAAGCCUUCGACAGAUCUGUGCUGAUGGAGGGAACACCAGGACAAGACAUCAAGGACUGGCCCAACUGGAGCAAGAUUUUUGAUGGAGAUGGGAAGUUGGAAGCGCAGCAGAAAAUGGCGGUGCCUAGUCUAAAGAGUGGAUUUUGGCAUUUCUCUCCCUCAAAGCUCGCGGCGUUGAAAGAAGCCGCAUCUACGAAGAUCCCAGGUGAUCCUUGGAUUUCGACCAACGAUGCCCUUUGCGCGCUGAUUUGGCGUCAAGUGACUCUUGCUCGCGAUCUCAAAGCAAGGGAGAUGCCCUCAUCGAACCUUAUGGUUGCUGCCAAUCUACGCUCCCGUAUGUCUCCUCCGUUGUAUGAGAAAUACUUAGGAAAUGCUGCCACAAACGCCUGGCAAAACAGCAGCGUGGAUGUUCUUUGUGACCCUUCCCGGGCCGCAUUGCAGCGAACUGCAAUCUCUAUCCGUAAAGCUGUUGAUUCUCUCAAUGAGACCACGGUUCGUGGGUUGAUUGGAUUGAUUGAUUCUAUGCCCACGGUUACAUCAAUGACCCCGAAUUGCAAGAAUCUCCUGGGCCCUGAUAUCACCAUCACUAACAUCUCUACUUCCGGAUGGUACACCUUCGACUGGGGCCAAGAUCUCGGAAAAAUUGACAGAGCCAGGAUGCCUACCGUUGCCUUUGAUGGCGUGUGUGUCGUGUUUCCUAAACUGCGAGAUGGAAGCAUUGAACUUCUCACUAUGUUCGAGGAGUCAGUGAUGGAAAGGCUCAAGGCUGACAAGGCGUUCACCGAGUUUGCGGAGUGGAGAUGCAGUUAG